CAGCCAGGGGAGGAUCAGGAUGACCGGGCGGCUGAGAUAAGGACCGCAUGAAGUUCCCCACAUUACCUCACCCGAUAAGGAAACAAGCAGAGACAGACGGAGAGGCAGAGAGAGAGAGAGAGGGUCAGACUGGAAGGAAUUCUGUGGAUGGACGGUGAUGCACUGAGAGGCAGUCGGGGAUUGUGGGUUUUUUGGGGGGUCUGGGUGGACCCACAGAGGCCUGGUGAACUCUGGAGAAGAGCUUGGAGAUGCUUGUUGGUCCUCUGCAGCUACAGAAAAGAAUGUGUAUGAGAUCAGAUGAGUGAUUUCAGCUGUUCUCGAGCCAGUAUUUAUAUCUACACUAGACUUUUAUAAAGCUUUCAGAUUAGAUGGAAAGAUGACCUCAGACUGUGUUCUGUAGUGUAUUUACCAAAACACUUAGUGAAUGAUACUUUACAACAAUCUCCAACACGGGAGAGCAAACCUCCAUCCAGCCAAUGAAAACAGACUGAACGAAAGUGAAUUUAGUUCUCAAGUCUUCAGGAGAGUUUGCUGCAUCGCUUAGGCAGCACCCAUGGCGGUGAAUCCUCUGGAAGGGCUCAUGUCGGUUGCAGCGAACCACCAGCUGGUCUCAUGCUCUACAGCUGAGCCACAGAGGCAGCAGCCCUGCACAGCCAGCAGCCCAGCAUCCCUGCACGGACAUAGGCAGAGCACACGCAACAGCCAGGAGCCCAGGAAGUGGGUGCAGUCUGUGUGUGGGUCCAAGUCAAACUCUGGUUCUGGCUGUGGGUCUGUGAUCCAGUCCAGGACAAUAAGGGGUCAGCACUCCCCAGAAAAUGCAGCUCGAGAGAGGAGCCGUGUACGCAACCUGCGACAGGCCUUCCACAGCCUGCAGGCUGCUCUGCCCUCAGUCCCACCAGACACCAAGCUGUCCAAGCUGGAUGUUCUGGUCCUGGCUACGAACUACAUAGCUUACCUAACAGAGACACUGGACCAGGGAGGGACGCUUGCUGAGCACACCCUACCGUCCAGGCCGGGUGGAUACCUGCAUCCUGUCAAGAAGUGGCCCAUGCGUUCCCUGCUCUACUGUGGCAGCGUGGGAGAGCUGCUGUCAGGAGCCCCAGCCAAUCAGACCCUUCCACCUGGACAGAACGGAACACACCCGCUGACCCCCACCUUAGAGGCUGACAAAGAGUGAUAGCAGAGCAUGGGUCAUAACUUUCACCCUGUUUCUUAUCUCCGGUGUUAACCAGCCACAUAGCUACUAGAGGAAUAAGGUGACGUAAAGACAGUGAUCAGUAAUAAGAAGCUACAUAGUUGCGGAAGUUGAACUUCAGGUGACACUUCAUGCAGCAAGUAACAUCAAAACCUUUAACACAGAAGUAAAAGGAAGGCAAACUUUUAGUGUUUUGGAUGGAGAUUAAAAAGAGACACAUGCUUGCAGUUGCUGGUUUAUCUAAUAAUAAAGGACAGGGCUUAAAUUAACAUGCAACAGUGGCCACUUUUAGCUCUGGCUGUUUGGAUAGUCAAGACAUUUUGAAAUCAAAGUAGCCUGGUGGUUACUUCAGUUCAUUCUUUCAUCAAAAACAUGCCAAAAGAAAACAGCGUCCUUGUUACUUUUGACUUGUUUGUUGGUACAGGUACAGAUAGACACACAGGUUACUAGUACACACAGCACACAGAGGUUAAGAUUCACCCCUGCUGAAAAUAUUCCAUUAUAUCUAAGCUUUAGACAGCAGGUUGUCAGGAACUAAUUUAAUACAAGGAAAUGAAAAAGCUGCAUCACUU